GCCCCGCCCCCUCGCCCCUCCCUCCUGCUAAUCCUCCAGAAGCUGUAAAAGCAGUAGCGACGAAGGCUAACAAAGCGCUACUUUAAUUUCAGUUCAACUAUUUUUUUUACCUAUCAUUUGCUAUGGCAGCAAUCAGAAAAAAGCUGGUUAUAGUAGGAGAUGGAGCUUGUGGAAAGACUUGUCUGCUCAUUGUGUUCAGUAAGGACCAAUUUCCAGAAGUCUAUGUCCCCACGGUGUUUGAAAACUAUGUUGCAGACAUUGAAGUUGAUAGCAAACAGGUUGAGUUAGCACUGUGGGAUACAGCAGGUCAAGAGGACUAUGACAGAUUGCGCCCACUCUCUUAUCCAGAUACUGAUGUCAUUCUCAUGUGCUUCUCCAUCGACAGCCCAGACAGUCUUGAGAACAUCCCUGAAAAGUGGACCCCUGAGGUGAAACACUUCUGUCCUAAUGUUCCCAUUAUACUGGUGGGAAAUAAAAAGGACCUUCGGAAUGACGAGCACACUCGGAGGGAGCUUGCUAAAAUGAAGCAGGAACCUGUCAAACCAGAGGAUGGGCGUGACAUGGCUAACAGGAUCGGUGCCUUCGGAUACAUGGAGUGCUCUGCAAAAACAAAAGAUGGUGUGAGAGAAGUGUUUGAGAUGGCAACCAGGGCUGCACUACAGGCCAGGCGGGGAAAGAAGAGCAAUAAAUGUGUCCUACUGUAAAUGGGGGCAUGAGGACUGCUUCCUGCAGGGGGGGAGAGGGAGAAUUAUGUCAAUCCUACCCCCAGACACACCUACACAAAAGACUGUUCUCCCCUGUUUUUACUAAAAGUGUAAUGCUUUUACUGUUUUGUCUUAAGCAAAAGUAGUCAGGUUAAGUCAGUAUUCAGUUUUUGAGGUUAUGAAACAUACUUUUUUUGUACUUUUAACAUACGUAAAAUUUGCCAUGAUGAAACUUCCUUUAACACAUUCUGUGUAAUUGAAAAGGUCAGUAAGAGGACCUGGUGUGUCAUACUUGCCAACUACAAUUAAGUGCUUAAGCCCUGCCUGCUGAUCUGAGGAAUGUGUCUACAGCCAACUGCAGUGAAGUACCUGCACACUGGGACCAACAAACUGAUGGACACUCAGUGUGUGUGCAUAUCUUAGUUGCAUUCUGACCAUCUGCACAACGAUACUGGAAACUCAUUUUGCUAAAACUGAAGUGUUUUGUGUUAAUAAAUUACUUUGUAAGAA